AUCAACACUUUUAAUCCACUAUUUUUUCCCAUUUGAUAUUGGUUUAUUAUUCACACUCAUUUAUGGAUUUUCAGAAAGAUAUGUUUGUUUGUGAUAUAUACCAACAUUUUAGAUUGCAUAACAAUACUCAAUAGUCCGAGAUUGAGGCAAAGGCACGCUGACAAGGUCAAACGAAGUUGGAAGCCUCUGUUUCUCCCUUUCAAUCCCAUUAAUUCUCUCGUCUCUCAAACCUCUAUUCCAAUUCUAUUCUUAGAAUUUAAUGUAACUUUGCCAGCUGCAUCUUUCAAUUCCUCCUCUCAAAGCCACAAUCUCUUACCAACAUGGCACAGCACCCUCUUGUCAACCCCGAAUUAAGCAAAAAGAAACUGAACAACCCAAACAAAGACUCAGAGAACCACACGAUCUCUCCGAGCAGCGGCUUGUUUCUAUCCGGAGCUUUACCAUUUCCGGUCAGUAAUGGCCGCUGUUCGCUUCCUCCCUUUCCUAUCCCUUCUAAUCACCCUUUUUCUUCCCACCCUUUGCGUCUCUCAAUCUGAUGCAGAUACUCUCAUUAAGUUCAAGAAAUCUUUUACGCAAGGUGAUUUGAAUAGUUGGAUUCCAGGGUCCUCUCCUUGCCUUAAAAGGUGGGUUGGUGUCAUGUGUUCGGGUGAAACCAUUAUUGGCCUCCAUUUAACAGGAUUACGUCUUUCAGGACAAGUUGACGUUCAAGCUUUGCUUCAACUUCGUGGCUUGAGAACCAUCAGCUUAGUAGGGAACUCUUUCACAGGUUCAAUCCCCGAAUUCAAUAAACUUGGCGCUUUAAGGGCUAUAUACUUGUCUCGCAAUCAGUUUAGCGGUGAAAUACCAAAUGGGUAUUUUACAUCGAUGGGAUCUUUGAGGAAAGUUUGGCUAAAUGAAAACAAAUUCACAGGAAAUAUUCCUGAGUCCUUAAUGCAACUACCCCAUCUCGUAGAACUCCAUCUAGAGGCAAAUCAAUUUUCAGGAACAAUACCAGAAUUGAAAUAUCCAAAUGUACUUACUUCGCUUGAUCUAUCGCGUAACAACCUGGAAGGAGAAAUCCCAGAAAGUUUCUCCAAGUUCAAUGCCUCUUCAUUCGAACAAAACGUAGGACUUUGUGGGAAACCACUGGGGAUAGAUUGCGAUGAAUUACACCAAUCAGGUUCAGGAAUCUCAAAUCCGUCGGGCCGAAACCAAGGUUCCAAUUCCAAAGCCAAGGUAGUCGUUGCCAUGGCAACGCUUAUUGUUAUACUGUUUUUUGUGAUAGCCUCCAUCAUUUCCGCAAGGCGUAGGAGGGACGAUGAUUUCAGCAUUCUAAGUAAGGAACCUCCAAGAGAGGAGGUGCUGCAGGUCGACGUACCUGAAUCGACCCGCCGAAAGCCUGCAGAGUCAAGCCGCAGGAGUAAUUCUGUCUCCAAGAGAGGGUCGUCACAACAGGCCAACAAGACCGGGAUGGCCAACUUGGUCAUGGUGAAUGAUGAGAAGGGUGAAUUCGGGUUGCAAGAUUUGAUGAAGGCAGCCGCGGAGGUGCUUGGAAAUGGCGGGUUGGGCUCUGCAUAUAAGGCCGUGAUGGCAAAUGGAUUGGCCGUGGUGGUGAAGAGAAUGAGAGAAAUGAAUAGGUUGGGAAAAGAUGAUUUUGAUGCUGAAAUGAGGCGGCUUGGGCAAUUAAGGCACCCCAAUAUUUUGACGCCAUUGGCCUACCAUUUUAGAAGAGAGGAGAAGCUUAUUGUUUCCGAAAACGUGCCCAAGGGCAGCUUGUUAUACGUCUUGCAUGGUGAUCGAGGAACCAUUCAUGCUAAUCUGAAUUGGCCAACCCGUUUGAAGAUCAUCCAGGGAAUCGCACAAGGGCUCAGUUUCAUUCAUACAGAGUUUGCAACAUACGAGAUCCCUCAUGGAAAUCUCAAAUCCAGCAAUGUUCUUUUAACGGAAAAUUAUGAUCCAUUACUAAGUGACUAUGCCUUUCAACCACUGACAAACGCCAGCAUUGCUGCCCAAUGUUUUUUUGCUUACAAAUCCCCAGAAUAUCUUCAGAACCAGCAAGUCUCCCCCAAAUCAGACGUUUAUUGUUUAGGAAUUCUCAUCCUGGAAAUCAUCACAGGGAAAUUUCCUUCUCAAUAUCUUAGCAAUGGCAAGGGUGGGAUAGAUAUCGUGCAAUGGGUACAAACAUCAAUAUCCGAGAACCAAGUGGAAGAAUUGAUUGAUCCUGAGAUAGCAAACGAUUCAGGUUCACUCAAUCAGAUGCUUCAACUCCUCCAAAUCGGAGCUGCUUGCACUGAAAGUAAUCCCGAUCAACGGUUACACAUGAAAGAAGCCAUUAGCAAGAUACAAGAGAAAGCACAAUUUGAACUCAGAGUAGUCUGUAAUAUUAUUGAUAUGUUUGUAUGUGAAUGCAAAAGAGUUGUAUUUGUCCCAUUUUUAAAGAUACUGUCAUUUGAUUUCAUAUUUUCCAUCUUCCCAGGAGGGCUUGAGAGCGAUAAUAGCCUUCUUUUGGCUUUUGAGCUGCUGACUGUAGAAGAGGUGGUGGGGGAGAAGGUCUAA